AUGGGCACUGUUACCUAUCGUGAUGGCAUUGCUAUUCUGCAACUCGUUGUCUUCCCCUUUAUCCUCGGCGCUGCAAUAUUCAUAUGGAGCCGGGCUGGCUUGAGGGUUGGAAGCAAGAUCUGGCGAUAUCCUGUUACGCUCUCUCUCAUUCGAAUUGCCGGUAGUAUCGCGUCGCUGUUGUCAAUCAACCAUGAUUCCAAGAAUGUCGAGAUUGCCAUCGCAGUAUGCGAGUUGAUUGGUCUCGCACCUCUGUUGUUGACCUAUGUCGGAGUUCUCAGACAAAUUGAUAUCAAUCAAGUAGUUCCAGUCAGAUGGCUCAACAUUGUGUCUAUCGUCGGUAUCAUUGGUCUCAUAAUCGGUAUUGCGGGAGUCAGUACCGCUAGUGACGACGGAGGCAGCUACCAGCCAAGCAACACCGUCAAAGCAUCCAUGGCUAUUUUUAUCGCUCUAUUUGUGGUCUAUCAUCUGCUCGCCGCUUUCAUGUACCUCCAGAUGGGUCACCUGAAGGCCUUCCAGAAGAAGUUGUUCCUCGCCAUCAUCCUAUCCACUCCUUUCAUCCUGGUCCGCGUUGUCUACGCAGCGAUCGGCGACUUCACCACCAUCGAGCGGUUCUCCAUUAUCAGCACUAAUGGAAGCCCCACCAUCUACCUUGUCAUGGAUGUGCUGGAAGAGAUUGUUGCUAUGGCCAUCACAAUGUUUUUGGGUAUGUCGGCUGUGCUUGAGCCUGACUUUGUGCGCCUGACCCCGGCCCAGUUGGACUCUGAGCCAAAGGCUGAGGUCGCGUAA